UAUCACAUACAAGGCCUCUCCACUCCAUACCAGACCUCGGAAACAAGAGAACGCUUAAACGAUGAGCGUCAAGUCAAUAAAUUCUCUUGGCCACAGAUCUUCCGUUCCACAAAUGCAUUUCAUUGCCAAAAGAGAUCAAAGUCAACUCUUGGCGAGUCAAUUCGGUUUUCGAUUUCCUGUUUCUUUAGCAUUCAACCUGCUCCCUCCCUUGUCCUCGGGCUGCCAUCAGUAUGUAUAAAUAAAGAUAACUCUACUAGUCUAUGAGAGAAGGCAAAAGCCAAAGAAAAAACUAAAAUGCGUUCUUCUAUUCUCCUCGUCCUCUUCUCAGCGGCCGUGGGGGCAAAAACUGUGCCCAACGGCCAAACACUCACCCUCAACGGCAUACCCUACUAUCUCAGUGGGAUCCCGAUAUCGAACUUCUCCCGCGAUACUUUCAAUAAAGCAAGUGGCGAUGUCGACAUCUUCCCAUUUACGGUCAUCCAGACUUCUAGCACCGUCGAUAGUAGUUUUCUGAGUCAAACAGUUACCAAUUUUACCCAGCAGGAUGAUGUAUUUCAAUCUGCAUUUCUUCAGACCGUCUAUUUGACAUCUUCUGACGAACCCUUGAAAAUCAACGAGCUGUCUGGCAGCGAGGUUUUGCACCAGUUCGAUAAUCAGAUGCUCCUAACAGAAUCUAAUACUUCCUUGUCUACGCCCCUUCCGAGUGGACCUUACUUUGCUUCCGCCCGUACAGGGCACGUUUUCAGAGCUUAUCGCCUCUACUCUGACGACACGUUGGCCUUCAUCUCGGCCGCAAUUAGCGAUGAGAAUGGUGGCUUUAUCCCCAUGACUGGAGUUACAGAGGGCGUUAUGACGAAGAAUGUCGCUGUCCCAUCCCGUCUCUACUAUACCCCUACUGCUGAAAAGCCUUUAGCUGGUCUCCGACUAGGCGUGAAGGAUAUCUUCCACGUCAAGGGUCUUAGAACCAGCGGUGGAAGCCGUGCGUACUACUACCUCUAUGACGAGCAGAAUAUUACCACUCCCUCUGUACAACGGCUCUUCGACUUGGGUGCUGUAAUGGUUGGAAAGAUGGGUACUGUUCAGUUCGCAAAUGGUGAUCGUCCUACUGCUGACUGGGUUGAUCUGCACUGUCCAUUUAACCCACGAGGAGAUGGAUAUCAAUAUCCCAGUGGUUCCUCGUCUGGUUCAGGCGCUGGCAUUGCCGCGUAUGAAUGGUUAGAUCUGGCUAUUGGUAGUGACACCGGUGGUUCUAUGCGCGGACCUGCCGGUGUUCAGGGUGUUUAUGGUAAUCGACCAUCAACUGGAGCUAUUACUAUGGAGAAUGCCUUGCCACUCUCGCCCCCGCUCGAUACAGCCGGUAUCUUUGCCCGAAGCGCGUCUUUGUGGUCAAAGACUGUCCAAGCUUGGUACCCCAAUUUCAACCGCAGUUAUCCAUCCCACCCCAAACAAAUCUAUCUCUCUCGCAGCAACUGGGACGAGUACACCACGCCUGAAGCAAACCAACAUCUCGAAUCAUUCAUGCGGAAGCUCGAAGAUUUUCUCGAUGCGAAUCGCACCAUCGUCAAUGUGACAGAACAUUGGUCAGAAACCCACAACUCACCCUCUUUGAUCAACCUUCUCAACACCACCUACGCCUACCUUGUUUCCGUCGGCCAAUGGAAUAAUCUCGCCAAAGGCUUCUUUGAGGACUAUGCCCAGGCUCACGACGGACGUCGCCCAUUCAUUAACCCCGGUCCACUAGCACGCUGGGAAUGGGGACAAGCAAAUGGUGCAAACGCAUCAUACGACGUUGCCCUGCAGAAUAUGACUAUCUUCCGAGACUGGUGGUCGACGUCCGGCUACGGACGACCUGACAAUGAAUCUUGCUCAGAGGGCAUCUUCGUCCACGCCUGGGCGACUGGAGCAGCAGACUACCGCAACCGGUACUUCAACCCCCCUGGUCCCCCGUUCGGAUUCACAGACGACGAUAUCGCCAUUUACGCAGGCACACCCGAAGUCGUGGUCCCGUUGGGCGAAUCUCCAUACAACAGUACCAUCACACUGCAUGAGGAGUAUCUCCCUGUUUCAAUCGGCCUGCAGAUGGCUCGAGGCUGCGAUCGGGCACUUGCGGAGUUGGUGGACGAUCUGGGCAAUGCAGGUAUUUUGAAGCCUGUUUCUGCGGGUUCACGAUUGUAUUCUUCUUAAAUAGAUGUCGUUAUGUGUUACAUAUUCGCUAUAUACCUUAAUAUAUUUAGCUAAUAUAUCCCACCACAAUUGUGCAAAAUCAGACUUGGCUCCGUUUAGAAGACCAUAUCCAGGCAGUCAAGAGUUGUAUUAAGGAUAGGCUUGAACGCUGCCCAAGCGGGAUUAUACAACCUGCGUCGCCAUAGCAAACAACUCUGCAUUCUAUU